AGCCCCAGAAGAGUAAAAAACAACAAACUCCUAACAACAUUCCUAUAGUUAUAUUGAGGCAAGUGGUAAAUGCCAUCUACAAGUUGAAAUAACGAAGGGGCGAAAGUUAGCGGAUAGAUGACUGUGCCUGAGCCUGAGAUCCAUGCUUCCAAACGCAACUUCUCCCUGUUUGUAACUUGGAAAUCUUGUGCUAAUGGUCUCCAGCCCAGGCUUCCCCUUCUCAGACAUCGUUGGGUUGUCCCAGGUUCACCAGCAAGUCUGACCUUGUAGAACUAUCUGGAUCCGAGUCCCUUGAUUCGUUGUUAGGGUGCUCGAGUUGUACAACUCCAGUAUUGUCAUGAAUAGCCAAUGUUACAGGCAGCCUGCUUUGUUCUAAAUAGAUGUCUUUCCUUUCAUAGACACAUUUUAUAUCAAGAUCUUUAAAUAUAUGUAAUAUUUUGAGUUAAGUAAUUCGGAAUUGUUUAUUCUUAAUUUUGAUUCCAAAGUGAGCUGACAUUUUCUACAAAGAGAAUGCGGGUUUCCUGAAUUGUCUUGAUUAGUCCCACUCUCCCUGGUAUUGUGCUGUGUCUGCUCAUGCCAGCAGCCUCCUGUGACCCUGCCGCCCUCUUCCUUCUCUCCUCUGUUCUCUCCUCUGUCUUUGAAGUCUUACAUCUAAGGUCAUCCCCUUCCUUUUUUCUAGUAUCUCUUAGCCUCAAUUUCGAUAUAGACCACUUCUGCCAUAGAAUGGGCUGUUCUUAUCAAAAGUCUCAGUUUUAUGUUUUACUUGGUGACAAUUUGUGAAUGGCUACUGUUCUGUGAAAUCUUCAAUCUUCAGAACUACUUCACCAUGGAUGAUGGUUUAAGACAAGCCUUUUAUUAAAUAAAUGGACUCUGGUCUCAUUUAUCUAUUCUGGCUGUGAAAACCUGUAAACCAUGUCCAAAUCCAAGACUCAAGAACAUUACUUACACAAAUUCUUUAUCGAUGGUUGUGUUCUGUCAAGUUGGACGUACAGGACUUGUACAGUUCUUGCUAGAUAGAAAUCUUACCUGUGGUAAUAGGACCGAGGUUCUGCCUUCCGCUUUAACCCUUUUCUCUUCCCCUAAGACCCAUGGUCCGUCCUCAUAGGAAACCAGUGGAGCUUGAGUGAUGUCGCGUGGGGACCGAACCUCCACACAGGCACCAUUUCUCCCUCUGGACAGUUUGCUGCCUUGGUCUCUGUCUUCAAAACAGAACAAGCAGCUUCUCCAUUUUCAGUGGUGAAUUUCAAAAUCCUUUUUAACCUUAUAGGUCCAAGGGUAGCCAAGGAUGGCUGCAGCUUCAUAUGAUCAGUUGUUAAAGCAAGUUGAGGCACUGAAGAUGGAGAACUCAAAUCUUCGACAAGAGCUAGAAGAUAAUUCCAAUCAUCUUACAAAACUGGAAACUGAGGCAUCUAAUAUGAAGGAAGUACUUAAACAGCUACAGGGAAGUAUUGAAGAUGAAACUAUGACUUCUUCUGGACAGAUUGACUUACUAGAGCGUCUUAAAGAAUUUAACUUAGAUAGCAAUUUCCCUGGAGUGAAACUACACUCAAAAAUGUCCCUUCGCUCCUAUGGAAGUCGAGAAGGAUCGGUAUCAAGCCGUUCAGGAGAAUGCAGUCCUGUUCCCAUGGGGUCAUUCCCAAGAAGAGCAUUUGUAAAUGGAAGCAGAGAAAGUACUGGAUAUUUGGAAGAGCUUGAAAAAGAAAGAUCAUUACUCCUUGCUGAUCUUGACAAAGAAGAAAAGGAAAAAGACUGGUAUUAUGCUCAACUUCAGAACCUCACGAAAAGAAUAGAUAGCCUGCCUUUAACUGAGAACUUUUCCUUACAAACAGAUAUGACAAGAAGACAACUGGAAUAUGAAGCGAGGCAGAUCAGGGCUGCAAUGGAGGAGCAGCUUGGCACCUGCCAGGAUAUGGAGAAGCGAGCACAGCGAAGAAUAGCCAGAAUUCAGCAAAUAGAGAAGGACAUACUUCGUAUACGACAGCUUUUACAGUCCCAAGCAGCUGAAGCAGAGAGUUCAGCCACACGAGUGGAUCAUGAAACAGCCAAUGUUCUGAGUUCUGGCAGCACACACUCUGCUCCUCGAAGGCUGACAAGUCAUCUGGGGACCAAGGUGGAAAUGGUGUACUCAUUGUUGUCAAUGCUUGGUACUCAUGAUAAGGACGAUAUGUCGCGAACUUUGCUAGCUAUGUCUAGCUCCCAAGACAGCUGUAUAUCCAUGCGACAGUCUGGAUGUCUUCCUCUCCUCAUCCAGCUUUUACAUGGCAAUGACAAAGACUCGGUAUUGUUGGGAAAUUCCCGGGGCAGUAAAGAGGCUCGGGCCAGGGCCAGUGCAGCACUCCACAACAUCAUCCACUCACAGCCUGACGACAAGAGAGGCAGGCGUGAAAUCCGAGUCCUUCAUCUUUUGGAACAGAUACGCGCUUACUGUGAAACCUGUUGGGAGUGGCAGGAAGCCCAUGAACAAGGCAUGGACCAGGACAAAAAUCCAAUGCCUGCUCCUGUUGAACAUCAGAUCUGUCCUGCUGUGUGUGUUCUAAUGAAACUUUCAUUUGAUGAAGAGCAUAGACAUGCAAUGAAUGAACUUGGUAGGAAGGCUCCCCGGGGCAUUUCAUCACAGGAGCUAGGUCAGGGGCUUUCAGGGGGACUGCAGGCCAUUGCAGAAUUAUUACAGGUGGACUGUGAGAUGUAUGGGCUCACUAAUGACCACUACAGUAUUACUUUGAGACGGUAUGCGGGGAUGGCUCUGACAAACUUGACCUUUGGAGAUGUUGCCAACAAGGCUACGCUGUGUUCGAUGAAAGGCUGCAUGAGAGCACUCGUGGCCCAGUUAAAGUCGGAAAGUGAAGACUUACAGCAGGUUAUUGCAAGUGUUUUGAGGAAUUUGUCUUGGCGAGCAGACGUAAAUAGCAAAAAGACAUUGCGAGAAGUUGGAAGUGUGAAAGCAUUGAUGGAAUGUGCUUUGGAAGUUAAAAAGGAAUCGACCCUGAAAAGUGUCUUGAGUGCCUUAUGGAACCUGUCCGCUCACUGCACCGAGAAUAAAGCUGACAUCUGUGCUGUGGACGGAGCACUUGCAUUUUUGGUUGGCACGCUCACUUACCGAAGCCAGACAAAUACUUUAGCCAUUAUCGAAAGUGGAGGUGGAAUAUUACGAAAUGUGUCCAGCUUGAUAGCUACAAAUGAAGACCACAGGCAAAUCCUAAGAGAGAACAAUUGCCUGCAGACUUUACUGCAGCACUUGAAAUCUCACAGCUUGACAAUAGUCAGUAAUGCGUGUGGAACUCUGUGGAAUCUCUCAGCAAGAAACCCUAAAGACCAGGAGGCUUUGUGGGACAUGGGGGCAGUGAGCAUGCUCAAGAACCUCAUUCAUUCAAAGCACAAAAUGAUCGCCAUGGGAAGUGCUGCAGCUCUAAGGAACCUCAUGGCAAACAGGCCUGCAAAGUACAAGGACGCCAAUAUCAUGUCUCCUGGUUCAAGUCUGCCAUCUCUUCAUGUCAGGAAACAAAAGGCCCUGGAAGCAGAGUUAGAUGCUCAGCAUUUAUCAGAAACCUUUGACAACAUUGACAAUUUAAGUCCCAAGGCAUCUCAUCGUAAUAAGCAGAGACACAAGCCAAAUCUUUAUGGUGACUAUGUUUUUGACACCAGUCGACAUGAUGAGAAUAGGUCAGAUGGUUUUAAUACUGGAAACAUGACUGUUCUUUCACCAUAUUUAAACACUACAGUAUUGCCCAGCUCUUCGUCAUCCAGGGGAAGUUUAGACAGUUCUCGUUCUGAAAAAGACAGAAGUUUAGAGAGAGAUCGAGGUAUUGGCCUCAGCACUUACCAUUCAGCAACAGAAAAUCCAGGAACCUCUUCCAAACGAGGCUUGCAGAUCUCUGGCAGUGCAGCCCAGAUCGCCAAAGUUAUGGAAGAAGUGUCAGCCAUUCAUGCCUCCCAGGAAGACCGAAGCCCAGCUUCUGCCACUGAGUUCCACUGUGUGACGGAGGAGAGGAAUGCAUCGCGAAGAAGCUCUGCCCCCCAUACCCAUCCAAACACAUACAACUUUCCAAAAUCGGAAAAUUCUAAUAGGACAUGUUCCAUGCCUUAUGCCAAAGUGGAGUAUAAGAGAUCUUCCAAUGACAGUUUAAAUAGUGUCAACAGUAGCGAUGGGUAUGGUAAGAGAGGUCAGAUGAAACCCUCGGUCGAAUCCUACUCUGAAGAUGACGAAAGCAAGUUUUGCAGUUAUGGUCAGUAUCCAGCUGACCUAGCCCAUAAAAUACAUAGUGCAAAUCAUAUGGAUGAUAAUGAUGGAGAACUGGAUACACCAAUAAAUUACAGUCUGAAAUACUCGGAUGAGCAGUUGAACUCUGGAAGGCAGAGUCCCUCACAGAAUGAAAGAUGGGCAAGACCGAAGCAUGUAAUAGAAGAUGAAAUAAAGCAAAAUGAGCAAAGACAGUCAAGGAGCCAGAACGCCAGUUAUCCUGUCUACUCCGAGAACGCUGACGACAAACACCUCAAGUUCCAGCCACAUUUUGGACAACAGGAGUGUGUUUCCCCGUACAGGUCUAGGGGAACCAGUGGUUCAGAAACCAGUCGCAUGGGUUCUAGUCAUGCAGUCAAUCAGAAUGUAAGCCAGCCUUUGUGUCAGGAAGACGACUAUGAAGAUGACAAGCCCACGAACUACAGCGAGCGUUAUUCUGAGGAAGAGCAACACGAAGAAGAGGAGGAGAGGCCGACGGACUAUAGUAUAAAAUACAACGAAGAAAAGCACCAUGUGGACCAGCCUAUUGACUACAGCUUAAAAUAUGCCACCGACAUUUCUUCCUCACAGAAGCCAUCGUUUCCAUUCUCAAAGAACUCAUCAGCACAAAGCACUAAAACCGAACAUCUCUCUCCAAGCAGCGAGAAUACAUCCACACCUUCAUCUAACGCCAAAAGGCAGAAUCAGCUGCAUCCAAGUUCAGCACAAAGAAAUGGUCAGACUCAGAAAGGGGCCACUUGCAAAGCCCCCUCCAUCAACCAAGAAACAAUACAGACUUACUGUGUCGAAGACACCCCCAUAUGUUUCUCCAGGUGCAGUUCGUUAUCGUCUCUGUCAUCGGCUGAAGAUGAAAUCGGAUGUGAUCAGACACCACAGGAGGCAGAUUCUGCUAACACCCUGCAGAUAGCAGAGAUCAAAGAGAAUGACGGAACUCGGGGAUCCACUGAAGAUCCUGCAAGUGAAGUUCCAGCUGUGUCUCAGAAUGCUAGAACGAAGCCCAGCAGACUCCAGGCUUCUGGCUUACCUUCAGAAUCAACCAGACAUAAGGCUGUUGAAUUUUCUUCAGGGGCCAAGUCUCCCUCCAAAAGUGGUGCUCAGACACCCAAAAGUCCCCCAGAACACUAUGUCCAGGAGACGCCACUGGUGUUCAGCAGAUGUACUUCCGUCAGCUCCCUUGACAGUUUCGAGAGUCGUUCCAUCGCUAGCUCCGUUCAGAGUGAGCCAUGCAGUGGAAUGGUGAGUGGCAUCAUAAGCCCCAGUGACCUUCCCGAUAGCCCUGGGCAGACCAUGCCACCAAGUAGAAGCAAAACCCCUCCGCCUCCUCCACAGACAGUCCAGACCAAGAGAGAGGCACCAAAAACGAAGGUCCCCGCUGCUGAGAAGAGAGAGAGCGGCCCUAAGCAGACUGCUGUCAACACUGCGGUCCAGAGGGUCCAGGUCCUUCCAGACGCCGAUACUCUACUGCACUUUGCCACAGAAAGUACUCCAGACGGCUUUUCUUGUUCAUCUAGCCUGAGCGCUCUGAGCCUCGAUGAACCAUUUAUACAGAAAGAUGUGGAGUUCAGAAGAAUGCCUCCAGUCCAGGAGAAUGACAACGGGAACGAGACCGACCCGGAGCAGCCUGAGGACUCAAAUGAAAACCAGGACAAAGAGGUAGAAAAGCCUGAUUCUGAAAAAGACUUAUUAGAUGAUUCAGAUGACGAUGAUAUCGAAAUAUUAGAAGAAUGUAUUAUUUCAGCCAUGCCAACCAAGUCAUCACGCAAAGCCAAAAAGCUAGCCCAGACUGCUUCAAAAUUACCUCCACCUGUGGCAAGGAAACCAAGUCAGUUGCCUGUGUACAAACUUCUGCCAUCACAGAACAGGCUGCAGGCACAAAAGCAUGUUAGCUUUACACCAGGAGAUGAUGUGCCCCGCGUGUACUGUGUAGAAGGGACACCUAUAAACUUUUCCACAGCGACAUCUCUAAGUGACCUGACCAUAGAAUCCCCUCCAAAUGAGUUGGCUGCUGGAGACGGGGUUAGAGCAGGUCCACAGUCAGGUGAAUUUGAAAAGCGAGAUACCAUUCCUACAGAGGGCAGAAGUACAGACGAAGCCCAGAGGGGGAAAAGCUCAUCUGUAGUUACACCAGACCUGGACGACGGCAAAGCGGAGGAGGGGGAUAUUCUUGCAGAAUGCAUCAACUCUGCUAUGCCCAAGGGGAAAAGCCACAAGCCUUUCCGAGUGAAGAAGAUAAUGGACCAGGUCCAACAAGCAUCAGUGACAUCAUCUGGAACUAACAAAAAUCAAGUAGACACUAAGAAAAAGAAGCCUACUUCACCAGUAAAACCCAUGCCACAAAAUACUGAAUACAGAACACGUGUGAGGAAGAAUACAGACUCAAAAGGUAACGUAAAUGUUGAAGAAACUUUCUCAGACAACAAAGACUCAAAGAAACAGAACUUGAAAAACAACCCCAAGGACUUCAAUGAUCAGGUACCAAACAAUGACGACCGAGUCCGAGGAAGCUUUCCCUUCGACUCACCACAUCACUACACUCCUAUUGAAGGAACUCCGUACUGCUUCUCACGGAAUGACUCUUUGAGUUCUCUAGAUUUUGAUGACGACGAUGUGGACCUUUCCCGGGAAAAGGCCGAGUUAAGAAAGGGGAAAGAAAGUAAGGAUUCCGAAGCCAAAGCUACCUGCCACACAGAACCAACCUCAAGUCAGCAGUCAGCUGGUAAGUCACAGGCUAGUGCAAAACAUCCAAUAAAUCGGGGACAGUCUAAACCAAUGCUUCAGAAACAACCCACCUUCCCCCAGUCCUCCAAAGACUUGCCAGACAGGGGGGCAGCCACAGAUGAGAAACUGCAGAGUUUUGCUAUUGAAAAUACUCCAGUUUGCUUUUCUCGAAAUUCCUCUCUGAGUUCCCUCAGUGACAUCGACCAAGAAAACAACAAUAACAAAGAAAAUGAACCAAUUAAAGAAGCUGAACCUACUAAUGCACCAGGAGAACCGAGUAAGCCUCAGGCAUCUGGGUAUGCGCCCAAGUCUUUUCAUGUUGAAGACACCCCUGUCUGCUUCUCAAGAAACAGCUCUCUCAGUUCUCUCAGCAUUGACUCGGAAGAUGACCUGUUGCAGGAGUGUAUAAGUUCUGCAAUGCCAAAAAAGAGAAGGCCCUCAAGACUCAAGGGUGAGAGUGAAAAGCACAGUCCCAGAAACAUGGGUGGCAUUCUAGCUGAAGAUCUGUCCCUUGACUUGAAAGAUAGCCAGAGGCCAGAUUCGGAACAUGGUUUAUCUCCUGAUUCAGAAAACUUUGACUGGAAAGCCAUUCAAGAAGGUGCAAACUCCAUAGUAAGUAGUCUGCACCAGGCUGCUGCUGCUGCUGCAUGUUUAUCUAGACAGGCUUCAUCUGAUUCAGAUUCCAUUCUGUCACUGAAGUCAGGCAUUUCCCUGGGGUCACCUUUUCAUCUUACACCUGAUCAAGAGGAAAAGCCCUUCACAAGUAAUAAAGGCCCAAGAAUUCUCAAACCUGGGGAGAAGAGCACAUUAGAAGCAAAAAAGAUAGAAUCUGAAAAUAAAGGAAUCAAAGGUGGGAAGAAGGUCUAUAAAAGUUUGAUUACUGGAAAGAUUCGAUCUAAUUCAGAAAUUUCCAGCCAAAUGAAACAGCCCCUCCAGGCAAACAUGCCUUCAAUCUCGAGGGGCAGGACCAUGAUUCACAUCCCAGGGGUUCGGAAUAGCUCCUCCAGUACAAGUCCUGUUUCUAAAAAAGGCCCACCCCUCAAGACUCCAGCCUCCAAAAGCCCCAGUGAGGCCCCAGCAGCCUCCACUUCCCCCAGAGGAAACAAGCCAUCGGUGAAAUCAGAGCUGAGCCCUAUUACCAGGCAAACUUCCCAAAUCAGUGUGUCAAACAAGGGACCUUCGAGAUCAGGGUCUAGAGACUCCACCCCCUCAAGACCUGCACAGCAGCCGUUAAGUAGGCCAAUGCAGUCCCCAGGGCGAAACUCCAUCUCCCCUGGUAGAAAUGGAAUAAGCCCUCCUAACAAACUGUCUCAGCUGCCCAGAACAUCAUCCCCGAGCACUGCUUCAACUAAGUCCUCGGGUUCUGGGAAAAUGCCCUAUACAUCCCCAGGCAGGCAGAUGAGCCAACAAAACCUUACCAAACAAACAGGCUUAUCCAAGAAUGCCAGUAGCAUCCCAAGAAGCGAGUCCGCGUCUAAAGGACUGAAUCAGAUGAGUAACGGCAAUGGAGCUAAUAAAAAGGUAGAACUUUCCAGAAUGUCUUCAACUAAGUCAAGUGGAAGUGAAUCAGAUAGAUCAGAAAGGCCUGCAUUAGUACGCCAGUCUACUUUCAUCAAAGAAGCCCCAAGCCCGACCCUCCGGAGGAAACUGGAGGAAUCGGCCUCAUUUGAAUCCCUCUCUCCGUCUUCUAGACCCGAUUCUCCCACCAGGUCCCAGGCUCCAACCCCGGUCUUAAGUCCUUCUCUUCCUGACAUGUCUCUGUCCACACAUCCAUCUGUUCAGGCCGGGGGAUGGCGGAAGCUCCCACCCAAUCUCAGCCCCACCAUCGAGUAUAACGACGGGAGGACAGCCAAGCGGCACGACAUCGCCCGCUCCCACUCGGAGAGCCCUUCCCGACUGCCCAUCAACCGCGCGGGGACCUGGAAGCGGGAGCACAGCAAGCACUCCUCCUCCCUUCCCCGCGUGAGCACCUGGAGAAGGACCGGAAGCUCCUCCUCCAUUCUCUCCGCCUCCUCCGAGUCCAGUGAAAAAGCCAAAAGCGAGGAUGAGAAGCACGUGAGCGCCGUGCCAGGACCCAGACAGGUGAAAGAAACCCAGGUGCCCGCCAAGGGGACGUGGAGGAAAAUAAAAGAGAGUGAAAUUUCCCCCACCAACAUGGUUUCUCAGACCGCUUCCUCAGGUGCUGCCAAUGGUGCUGAAUCGAAGACUCUGAUUUAUCAGAUGGCACCUGCUGUUUCUAAAACAGAGGAUGUUUGGGUGAGGAUUGAGGACUGCCCCAUUAACAACCCUAGAUCUGGAAGAUCUCCCACAGGGAACACUCCCCCAGUGAUUGACGGUCUUUCAGAAAAGGGAAAUCCAAGCAUUAAAGAGUCAAAAGAUGCCCAGGGAAAACAGAGUGUGGGCGGUGGCAGUCCUGUGCACGCGGCGGGUCUGGAGAACCGCCUCAACUCCUUUAUUCAGGUGGACGCCCCAGAACAGAGAGGGGCGGAGACGAAGCCGGGACCCAGUAACCCUGCCCCUGCCGCGGAGACGGGGGCUGAGACCUGUGUAGUGGAGCGCGGCACCCCCUUCAGUUCCAGCAGCUCCAGCAAACACAGCUCCCCCAGCGGGACUGUCGCUGCCCGAGUGACGCCUUUCAAUUACAACCCGAGCCCGAGGAAGAGCAGUGCGGACAGCACCUCGGCCCGGCCGUCUCAGAUCCCAACCCCGGUGAGCAGCAGCACCAAGAAGCGAGACUCCAAGACCGACAGCUCCGAACCCAGUGGGGCCCAGAGUCCGAAGCGCCAUUCUGGGUCUUACCUCGUGACGUCUGUCUAACACGCAGGAAAAGCCGGCCUUCAUCACAACUGCUGUAUAGAGACUAUUUCAAAGAAGACUUGAAAGGUGGAAAAGUUGUGUAAAUAGCUUUGCUUCUCGUUAGAGGGGUUUUGUUCUGGAAAUCAUAUUUGAUAGUCCACUUUGUCCUCCCUGGUCAUUUUGGAAGGCACUCUUGUUAGGUAGGAAGAAGAAAACAAAAACGGUAAGCAAGUAUAUUUGUACAGUACGUUUUCCAUGUAUUUAAGAAGCAUCCAUUCCAUGUCCUUUAAUCAUCGCUUGUCUUAACACUACAGAUAGAAACUAUAUGAUAUAUUGCUGUUAUCAAUCAUUUCUAGAUUAUAAAAUAAACUUACAUCAGGGAGAAAUUGGUAUUUAUGCAAAAAAUAGCCCUUGUGAAUCCAUCUAAUGUCAUGAUUAAUCAUGUGGCUGUGAAAUUCACAGUAAUAUGGUUCCCGGUGAAUUGUUUCCCCAGCCUGCUUUGCUUUAGUGCAUGGAUGAAACUGGUGGUUGAAUUUCAGAAGUAAUGAUUAAUGAGUCUGUGAUCACAUGGUGUGCAUAGGAUAGUACAGUGUAACGAUUCACACUAUUUUGUGCUCAGAUCUGUGUAACUGUAAAACAUGAAUGGAACUAUUUUAACUGAACUAGAUUUUAUCGAAAGUAGGUAGAAUUUUUGCUAUGCUGUAACUGUUGUAUAUUCUGGUAUUUGAGGUGAGAUGGCUGCUCUUUUAUUAAUGAGACAUGAAUUGUGUCUCAAACUAAAUGAACAUUUCAGAAUAAAUUAUUGCUGUAUGUAAACUAUUACUGAAAUUGGUAUUUGUUUGGAGGGUCUUAUUUCACAUUUGUAUUAAUAAUUGUCAAAAGGGCCUCUUUUAAAAGCUAAAUGUAAAUUUUUUUCUUCAGAUUCUAUGCAUUAAGAGUAAAAUUUCCUCUUACUGUAAUAAAGACAAUUGAAGAAGAUU